CUUUCUCAUGAAGGUUUUUGUUGCUGUUUGCUUUCCGUAGUGUGUGGUUUUGACAUGCAUGAGUUUGGCAGCAUUUUGGAUUAAUGCAUUGAGUUAACGUGAACAACCUGUUAGCUACGAUAGUGUGCCGUAGCCGCUUCUGGGAAUAUUCGUUUGUCUGCUUUUAUUACUCCCAGUGAGUGAAAGUGAUGGCGAAUGACCGACUGCGAGCUUUGGAGGAGGUUGAGAAUCAAGUUGCAACGAUUCUGCAGUGCGCCGGUUAGUAGCUACUUACUGUGUAUCCCUACCAGCAGCAACAACAGUUCAAAUACUCUGUAAUAAGAAACACAUACCUAGUUAGGUAUAUAUUCCCACUGCAGGUAACAUCGCCUGGAGUUGUUUAAGACAAGCACAAUGCCAGUAUCAAUAUGUAAAUACAUAGGCCUAAUACUGUUUACUGUGUUCCUCUCCUCUAGGUAACAUCGUGUUGGAGCUGUCUAAAGACAAGCACAACGCCAGUUUCCUGGACAGACAGCUUAGUCAGUUUACUGUCUCGGUCAACAGAGUGGAGACUGAACUCAGCUCACAGAUCAAAUACCUCACACAGGUAGGAUAAAGACCUUCCUAAUUGACCUGGCCCAGGUAUCCUGGAUGGAUAUAGAUCUCAUUCCGUCAGUAGAGGAUGCCUGGUUGUUCCUUAAAGUAAAUUUCCUCCUCAAUCUUAGAAAAGACAUGCCCCAUUCAAAAAUACAAGAACUAAGAACCGAUAUAAGCCCCUGGUUCUUCCCUCAGACUUGACUUGCCCUUGACCAGCACAAAAACAUCCCUGUGGUCGUACUGCCAUUAGCAUCAAAUAGCCCCCGCGAAAUGUUGCAACUUUUCAGGGAAGAUAGGAACCAAUUAAGCACAAGGCAGUCAGGAAAGCAAAGGCAAACUUUUUCAAACAGAAAUUUGCAUCCUGUAGCACUAACUCCAAAAAGUUUUGGGACACUGUAAAGUCCAUGGAGAAUAAGAACACUCUACUCAGCAAAUUCGAUGUAGUCUAUCACAGUGCCAUCCGUUUUGUCUCCAAAGCCCCAUAUACUACCCGCCACUGUGACCUGUACGCUCUUGUUGGCUGGUCCUCACUACAUGUUCGUCGCCAAACCCACUGGCUCCAGGCCAUCUAUAAAUCACUGCUAGGCAAAUCCCCGCCUUAUCUUAGCUCAUUGGUCACCAUAGCAACACCCACCUGUAGUCUGCGCUCCAGCAGGUAUAUCUCACUGGUCAUCCCCAAAGCCAACACCUCCUUUGGCCGCCAUUCCUUCCAGUUCUCUGCUGCCAAUGACUGGAACGAAUUGCAAAAAUCUCUGAAGCUGGAGACUCUUAUCUCCCUCACUAACUUUAAGCAUCAGUUGUCAGAGCACCUUACCGAUCACUGCACCUGUACACAGCCCAUCUAAAAUUAGCCCACCCAACUACCUCAUCCCUAUAUUGUUAUUUAUUUUGCUCUUUUGCACCCCAGUAUCUCUAUUUGCACAUAAUCUCUUGCACAUCUAGCAUUCCAGUGUUAAUACUAUUGUAAUUAUUUUGCACUAUAGCCUAUUUAUUGCCUUACCUCCAUAACUUGCUACAUUUGCACACACUGUAUAUAUAUUUUCUGUUGUAUUCUUGACUUUAUGUUUUUUACCCCAUAUGUAACUCUGUGUUGUUUUUAUCGCACUGCUUUGCUUUAUCUUGGCCAGGUCGCAGUUGUAAAUGAGAACUUGUUCUCAACUGGCUUACCUGGUUAAAUAAAGGUGAAAUAAAAAAAAAGAAGAGACAGACACACACAGAGGAAGGCCCUCAAAAUUGUCAAAGACUCCAGCCACCCUAGUCAUAGACUGUUCUCUGCUACCGCACGGCAAGCGGUACCGGAGUGCCAAGUCUAGGUACAAAAUACUUCUCAACAGCUUCUACCCCCAAGCCAUAAGACUCCUGAACAGCUAAUCAUGGCUACCCGGACUAUUUGCACUGCCCCCACCCCGCCCCAUCUUUUUACGCUGCUACUACUCUGUUAAUUAUUUAUGCAUAGUCACUUUAACUCUACCCACAUGUACAUAUUACUUGAACUACCUCAACUAGCCGGUGCCCCCGCACAUUGACUCUGCACCGGUACCCCCCUGUAUAUAUAGCCUCCCUACUGUUAUUUUAUUUUACUUCUGCUCUUUUUUUCACAACACUUUUUUGUUGUUGUUUUAUUUUACUUUUUUAUUAAAAAUAAAUGCACUGUUGGUUAAGGGCUGUAAGUAAGCAUUUCACUGUAAUGUCUGCACCUGUUGUAAUCGGCGCAUGUGGCCAAAUUUGAUUUGAUUUGACACACAGACUGACACAAACAUGCCGGGAACUGAACUUGCCAGUGUAGAUAUGGCUCUCAUCAUGUGACUACACUACAGCCUACUGGCUUUUCUAAGUACAGUAGGAGCAUAGGUUUCUUUCUACAUCAAAGUUAUGCAUAUUUCACAUUCACCUAGUAGUGUAGCCUUCUGCAAGCCAGAACGUUCCACAUUCACCUAGUAGUGUAGCCUUCUGCAAGCCAGAACGUUCCACAUUCACCUAGUAGUGUAGCCUUCUGCGCUCCAGAACGUUCCACAUUCACCUAGUAGUGUAGCCUUCUGCGCGCCAGAACGGUCCACAUUCACCUAGUAGUGUAGCCUUCUGCAAGCCAGAACGGUCCACAUUCACCUAGUAGUGUAGCCUUCUGCGCUCCAGAACGUUCCACAUUCACCUAGUAGUGUAGCCUUCUGCGCUCCAGAACGGCCCACAUUCACCUAGUAGUGUAGCCUUCUGCGCGCCAGAACGUUCCACAUUCACCUAGUAGUGUAGCCUUCUGCAAGCCAGAACGUUCCACAUUCACCUAGUAGUGUAGCCUUCUGCAAGCCAGAACGGUCCACAUUCACCUAGUAGUGUAGCCUUCUGCGCGCCAGAACGGUCCACAUUCACCUAGUAGUGUAGCAUUCUGCGAGCCAGAACGGCACACAUUCACCUAACUGAACACUUACAUUUCUCCCUUUCACACACUGCCUUCUCUCUCUCUCCCCUGCAGGUUGCCACAGGCCAGCCCCACGAAGGCUCCACAUACUCAGCUAGGAAGGACUGUCAGAUGGCCCUGAACAGAGCAGAGUACGCCAGGGUCAAACUGGGAGAGCUGGGACGCACCUGCGAAGUCAUGCUGGAUCCACAACCCUGAGAGAAAACACACACCAGAACGAUGGUCGGGAGAGCGCUGUAGGUGGACAUUUCCAUCGCUUGUUGUCACCGUAGUGUGUUAGCACCACCUGCUGAAGAGAGGUGGGGAAUGAAAUAUUUUAUUUUUUGUUUGUUUUUUAUAUGAUAUUAGUCAGAAAAUGUAUCUGGCUAUGUUUUGUAUUAAAGUUUGUGUUUCAUUACAUUACCCUAUUUGUUUGAUAUAUUCAUUUAUAUUUUAUACACACAGACAGUACA